AUGAAAAUCUUUACAGUCGGUUUGGAUGAGAAAUCCACCGCAAAGGAGAACGAACCAUCGAAUACUUCUCCAGUACUACCACCUGUAAUAAGUAUAGAUAGAAGACGAAGUACUUAUAAGGAAGAAACCAGUCACAGUUUACGGCUGAAUAACGAUUAUCUUGAUAAAGUUAUCGGGGCUGAAUUGAAGCAUCGAAUGGGUCUCGGACCAUACUGCGAUGAAUGCAUGAAUGUUCAACGCAUUGCACAUUCGUUACAUCAACAGAAUCGACUGGAAAUGUCGCAGACUUUGGCACCUAUAACAAAAGGAGCUGAAUCGGCAAUUCAGGCUGAGCCAGCAUUGGAUUCAGCUGAUGGGAAAUCAAAAUCCAUACAUGGAGAAAAUCGGCUUGGGUUUCUGCGUGAUAUUCUAGAGCGAAUUCGCGAGCAAGCUGAAAAGGAAGGUUUUGAUGGAUCCGUGCAAAUAUCUGUCAUGAAGAUAAAUCCAAUAGAAAAUAUGCCAUUAAUGGGAUCUUCAUUUCUUGAUGGUUUUGGCGAAAUCAAACAACCAUUCAUGCAGAAGACUUCAAUUUUUGGUCAGCCUUCAAUGAAAAACAGCAUAUCAUCUGAAGAAAACGACGAUGGCAAUCGAAUGUGGCAUCACAAUCAUGUAAAUUGGCGACCUUUGAGCGCGAUGUCUAUGCCCAACGGCAUAUCGGCGCCUCCAUCGUCACCAUCAAUAUUAAUGGGACCGCUAUUCAAUUCAUUUACAGGAAUAGACAAUAAUGAGCAACCUUGGAUUGUGGACAAUCAAUUAAAAAAUUUGCCUUCCCCUAAUUUCCCGAACCAAGCCAUUCGUCAAUGGAUUCCAACUGUUUUCGUCCCACCAAUAAAUCCUCUUUCAUUCAAUGUACGAGAAAGUUUUUCACCCUUUAACUCCGAGAGUUCAGCUUGGUUUGCAGAUCGUCAAAGCAACCAAUUUCAGAACUGGUGGGCAGAUGAUGUUAAUCAGUGGAAACCCAGUUAUAAACCAAUUAACGAAUGGAAUAUUCCUAAAGUGAACUUUAAUGAACCACCCAUCACGAGUUGGAACACCGCUCAAAAUUUUAUGCAACCAAAUUUUCCUUUAGGACAAACACCUCAAUUCCAACAACAGCAAAAACCACUGAUUCCAUUUCCGCUCCAACAAUCUCAGGACCCACUCAUUCCACAACCACAAGGCGAUUUUCAACAACCAGGGCCUAUUUUAUCUCCUUCUGCCGGUGAUUUUCCUUGGAUCCCGGCGAGAUCACUAAAUGCUAUUGAUACUCCAGUCUCUGUUCAAAAUGCAAAUGAACCCAUCAUUGAAAAUACUGUUCAAAUGCCUGUUAUUCCGGCUGUACCUAUUCAAGAUUCAGAUUCUGCGAAAGGUUUCAAUUCAGAUACUCAUCCUAUACAGCCAGUUAAUUUCCCUUUAAAUGGUAUGCCAAAUGAAGCAGAGUCUGCUAUGCGGCAAGAUCUGAACAGCGUAGGAUUACAAAAACAACAAAUCCAGAGUGAGUUAGGAUUGGAACAAAAUCAUUUGGGACAAAUAAACGGUGAUAGUUUCUUGCGAAAUGAUUUAUCGCAAAGCGACCAGUCGCCAUCAAUUUUCUUCCAAGUAGACCGACCAAUCGACAACGAAUCUUCAUCUGGAAAUCCUUGA